AGAGAAAAAAGGGGGAAAAAAAACCAAAACCCUAGCGAUCGCUUCCCCCGAUCCAUGGCGCCGCCGCCGGGGAUCCUCGAGGUGCGGUGCGCCGGGUGCGGCGAGACCCUGGAGGUGGAGCACGGCCUGACGGAGUUCGCCUGCCCCGACUGCGGCAUGGCCCAGGCGCUCCCGCCGGAGCUCAUGCCGCCGCGCCCCCGCCGCGCGCUCCCGCUCCCCGGGCGCGCGAGCGUCGUCCCCUCCGCCGUGCCCGCCCCCGCCACCGCCACCGCCGCCGCCCCUCCCACGCGCGUCUCGUGCGGGGGAUGCGCGGCCGUCCUCAGCGUGCCGCACGGCCCGGGGCGGUUUUCGUGCCCGCUCUGCGGCGCCGAGAUCGCGCCUCCCCCUCCCCUCGCGGCCGUCGUCUCAGUCGUUGCCCCGCCGGCAGCGAUCCCGAUUACCUCCAAUCGGCCGGCGAUGACCUCCGAGGUGCUGAAUGGAAAUUCAAAUCAGCCAACUCUUGCUGGACAGGUUCAGAAGUCCAUUAUUCCAGAGCAAUACUACAAGCAUUCUUUUAGAGAGGAGUCAUUCAGUUCAUUCAGAGUUGACUCUAGGACACAAAUUCCUGAUGUAGGGAGGUUACAAAACGAGUGUGUUAAUCCUUCAGCUGAUCGAGAGGAGUCACGCACAGAACCACCUAACGGGACUAUGACCAAGCCUGGCAAGAAGAAAACUACAUCUGCUUCUGGUCCAAAAUCUCAUCCAGCUGGAAAGUUGCAGGAAGAGCAUAUUAGUAAGGCCAUCCAUGCAUCAAGGGCUCAGGGAAUGCCUUCAAACUCUGUAGGAGGAGGAUUUCACAAUGGCAUGAUUGCAGUGCACAACAAGCAGAAAACUGGGCAUAUAGCUGCCCCUAGUGCUAUCGAGCAUGAGCAGAUAAACACUCUCCAUCAAGUUUGUGACAAGCAGCAGCCUGGCGAAAAUUCCAGUGAUUUGGUUCAUGUGGAGCAGGUACAGGUGGCAUGCAAAGCAGUACAAAACAAUAAAAAAGGUACCAAGUAUACAAAAGGAAAUCAAAAGAGGCAAGGUAAGAGUCCGUUGAAUUAUUCAACUGAGUUGCCUCAUCUUAGGCGUAGUCAGCGCUUAACAAAGGGUUCGCCAGACCCUAUUGAUAUUGAGCCUAUCCAUAGGAUAUAUGCUUCCCCAAACCAAAAUCAAUCAGAAACUCCACCAAUUGAGAGGGCGAUAGAUGAUACUUACCAUAUUUCACCAAACCAGCACCGGUAUCCUCAAUCAGUCUCUAAUAAGUUGGACAAUGCUGAUGCAACUACUCCUGCUUUGAAUCAUAGUAUGCAACAAAAGGAGAGAAUUCCCCAGUGCUACAGCCAGAUGUACUCUCCAGAAAGUAGGUGGGUACUUCCAAAUCGUAGUUCUAAUUCAUGUCAUGAGCAUGAGAUGCCUAAUGAAAGCUUUGAUGGGAUUGUCCAACUCGAUAGUAGUGAUGAUGAAGUGCAUUCAAUUCCAUUAGAGAACCAAAAUCAGGAUAUGGAUGGCCAACUAGAACAACAAGCUUGUGCUGGCAAGAACCUUUCAGAGCAUGGCAGGCAAAAGAAUGGCUUCAUUGGUUCUUCAGGUGAUGCCAAACAUCAUGGGGGCUUGUCCUCUGGAAUGGGAACACGCCACCAGAUGAAUUUGGCUGCUUCAUGCAGCCGCCUUGCUGUUUUAUUGCCAGUUGCGGAUGCUACUCCAUUGCCCACCAUCAGCUCACCUUCUUCAUUUGAAAAGCUACCAGUUAACUGUAGCAGUCCAACAACACCGCACCAGCACCACCAACCAUCCCCCAUCUAUUCUCAGGAUGCCCGGAAUGGUGAUAUGCUGUCAGCAUCUGUUAGUAAAUCAUCAAAAAAGCGCAGGGGCCGUGCCCCUGCGGUACUAAUGGAACCACGCAAAGAAGCUGACAGGCCUGUGCUGACACCUUGUGGUGCAGAAAACUGGACUGUGCAUCCAUCCUGUUUGAAGGUGACAACCACCCUAUCCCUUCUUAUCAAGCAGAACUAUCCUGGAACCUAUGUUUCAGUGGGUACCAAUGGCCAACCCUGUGAGCUUGCGGUUUUCCAUUGGCACCAAUGUCCUUCAGAUAUAAGAGAUACUGUAUUGGAUGAAUUCCUUAAACGCUACAAGUGGUCCCCUGGCCAGGAAGAGGAGUGUCGAAAGAUCUUUGACCGUAAAGCAGUUAGACAAUUAGUUAACCUCUUUUGCUACGAGAAGCAAAGGGUCAGAGAUUUGCUGGCAAAAAAAGCCAAAAGAUCUUCGACGGUUGUUAGGGCCAGUAGGUCGUUAGAAGAGGGCGAUGGUAGGGAAGAUUCAGAGGAGCAGCAUGGAGAUGAGUCUGUUCUGGUGCUUGAGCUUGAUGAUCCGCUUAACUGGAAACCAUUCGUCCCUGAAUGGAUGCAACCAAAAUGGUGGGAGAAGUUGUGUGACCAUUGGGCGAAAGAUGAAGUUAUGAAGGUCUCUUACCAAAAAAGGAAGAACCGGAAUGCAGGAAACCCCCCCUGUAAUGCUUCAGGCUCACAGAGCAUAGCAAUGCAUCAGCAGUUUACGAGCAUUGACAAUGGCAGAAAGCUGGUAUCUGAUAUUGAUCCAUCCACCAAGAUUAACAGUGAUAAAGGAGGGAUUAUUGACAAGAAGAUAUUGCGAACUGAGGAUACCACGUAUGAACAUACUGCAGAGGCCAGAGAGCCUGUACAGGAACAUAUGGGAGGCUGCAAGCGUGGGAGAUACUAUUGCGACACUGGUGUUAGGAAGAAGGUCCAGACUGAUUCUUUGCCAAAGUCCUCCCCUGGUUGUUCCAGCAAUCACGGACAAGGACAACCUCCGAUGUUCACACAUGAACAGGUGCAACAGAUGAUUAAUCAAGCUCUACAAGGGUUAAAUGAGACAUGGGAGAAGAAGUUUUUGUCUUUGGAGCAAAACAUGCGGAGCAUGUCAAAAUCACGCAUUAUUCUGGAUGGUCCGAAAAAGGGGUCAUUGGCGGCUGUUGCAGGGGAUAAGCGAUGCCAGCUGUCAUGCCAGGACACAUUAGAUUCCGUGGACGGUGAAAAGGAUCCAGCGGGGGAAGGCGAGGACGACCCCGAGAACCAGGAUUAUGAUGACGAUGAGCAUUGGAGCUGAGCCAAAACGUGAGCUUGUGGUGGCACCAGAUUUUCGUCUCCUCGGAGCACUUCCCGGUUGCCAGCGUGUAAAUCAUGUACAGAUUUCCAGCAUCUGAAAGCGGUUGUCUCGAUCGCUUGCUGGUCGCUUCCCCAUACGGCUUCGGAGUUAAGACUUUUUCUCACCGUCGUGCGUCGCCGUGGGAGGCAGGCGCGUGGUACGAAA